AUGGCUACUGUGAAGAUAUUGGCUAAUUCUAAACCAUGUCCAAAGUGCAAACGGCCGAUUGAGAAAAACCAAGGGUGUAUGCAUAUUACUUGCACUCCACCUUGUAAAUUUGAGUUUUGUUGGCUUUGUCUUGGUGCUUGGUCGGACCAUGGUGAGAGGACUGGCGGUUUUUAUGCAUGCAAUCGUUACGAAACAGCAAAGCAAGAGGGAGUGUAUGAUGAAGCUGAGAAAAGAAGAGAGAUGGCCAAGAACUCGCUAGAGAGGUAUACUCAUUAUUACGAAAGAUGGGCAACUAACCAAUCGUCUAGGCAAAAAGCACUUGCAGACUUACAGCAAAUACAGAGCGUGCAUCUUGAGAAGCUGAGUGACAUACAGUGCCAACCUGAGUCACAGCUAAAGUUCAUAACAGAGGCCUGGCUUCAGAUCGUUGAGUGCAGGCGUGUUUUGAAAUGGACAUAUGCUUAUGGAUAUUAUUUACCAGAGCAUGAACAUGCCAAGAGACAGUUCUUUGAGUACUUGCAAGGUUAGUAGUAUUAUUGAGCUUGAUUCAGUUUCAUCAGUUUUUU